AUGCCAGUAGAUAGUAUGCAUGCUACUAUCGAAAGAAAAUCGAAAAAUUUGUUUAUACAGGCUCCAUCAGAAUGGCCAACGAUACUCCGCAAUGCCAGAACUAAACCGAAACCAUACAACGUGAAGGUUACCAAUUAUUCUUCUAUAAUAGACUGGAAACGCAUUACUUCACAAAAAAGACUGAAAGAUGCACAAGGGAACGACAUAACAAUUUCUGACGUUGCCGAGAUGAUAUUUGAUAAAGACAAUACCUAUGUAAAAAUAAAAACAACGUAUGAGAACCAAGCACACGUUGACCUACUGUUCCCGACAAAGACUGUGAAAAAUCUUCCUAAAUCUUAUCAUUCCGAACUACCGAUAAACAAAAAGAAAUAUGAUAACCUAAUUGAACUUUGUAAAGCUUUCACAAUUGAUGUACAAUAUCAUUCUGAGUAUUACUCUUUGAAAGGGCAUAAUAGUGUGGCAGACACGCUGCCUGAAACUGAUAUCGAAGAAUGUAAUGAUGAAACUGAAGACUGA